AUGGCUUUGCAUACCUUUGGAGAGGGGAAAAAGAUCGUACAUGAGAAUGUAAACGACCAGCUGGAUGAAUUCUCCAAGGCGGUUGAAAGCUUGAACUGCCAGCCUUUUGACCCUUUAGAUAUUUUCGAGAGUUCUAUAAUCUCUAUACUUUAUCGUUGGAUAACUGGCAAGACAAAUAACUUAAAAGAUGAUUUGCAGAAAAAGCUUCAAAACGAAAUCGACGAAGUUUUGCUGGGGGAUGAAGUGCUCCAGUGGAAAGAUAUGUCUAAGCUUCCGUACUUGCAAGCGACUGUUUGUGAAGUGAUGCGACAUUCGUAUUUUGUUCCUUUGUCUCUUCCUCAUAACCCGGUGAUAGAAACACAACUGCAAGGCUAUCGCAUUCCAAAAGAAACAACCAUUUUCUUCAAUUACCACUGCAUUCAUAGAGAUGAAAAUGUUUGGAAGAAUCCUUCAGUGUUCAACCCAGACAGAUUCAUCGAUGAAAAUGGGAAGUUCGUUGGAUGGCGUGUGAAGCCAGGAUUUAUGCCUUUUGGUAUUGGUAGCAGAUCAUGCCCUGGCGAAAAUUUAUCCAGAGCAGAGAUAAUGUUCUUCAUAUCGGGGAUACUGAAGCGAUAUAAGUUUGAGGUUAAUGAAGAUGAUCCCAUGCCGACAUUGGAACGUGGUAAAGCGGCGGGAAAAUUUCCACCUAAACCGUUCAAAGUGAUUGCUCGAAAGCGCGAAUGA